AUCCUCAGACAGAAAUUUAGAAGCUGGGACAGGGUCAGCAUCCUGAGGCCAGUUGCCUUUGACAGCUUCCUUUCUGGUCAAGCCUGGCCUCUGUACAGCUCUGGGUCCACUACUCAACACCACCACCACGGCACAGAGCACAGGAUGGAGGCUCUCGCUGGAGCCAUCCACCAGCGCUGGCCAGCCCGGCUGCUGCUGUGGGUCUCAGCGCUGAGCUGUUUUUUCUCCUCGCCAGCUUCUCCCCCUCCUUCUCUGGUACCCCGAGUCAGAAGCAACUACACUCUGGGAAGGACGUUCCUCGGUCUUGAUAAAUGCAAUGCCUGCAUCGGGACAUCAAUUUGUAAGAAGUUCUUUAAAGAAGAAAUAAGGUUUGACAACUCAGUGGCUUCCCACCUGGGACUGCCUCCUUAUGACUUGCCUACUUAUGCUGCAAAUUACUCAGAUGAUUCCAAAGCCUGGCGCCCUGUGGAAGUUUCUCAACUUGUCAGCAAGUACCAAAGUGAGAUCUCUGAUAGGAGAAUCUGUGCCUCUGCAUCAGCUCCAAAGACCUGCAGCAUUGAGCGCAUCCUCCGGAAAACAGAGAGGUUCCAGAAAUGGCUGCAGGCCAAGCGACUCACACCCGACCUGGUGCAGGGCCUGCCCAGUCCCUUUCUUCGCUGCCCUUCACAAAGACUCUUAGAUCGUGUGGUUCGACGCUAUGCUGAAGUGGCUGAUGCUGGCAGUAUCUUCAUGGACCACUUCACUGACCGUGACAAGCUUCGUCUCCUCUACACACUGGCUGUCAAUGCACACCCCAUCAUUCUUCAGAUCUUCCCCGGGGCGGAGGGCUGGCCACUGCCCAAGUACCUGGGCUCCUGUGGUAGAUUCCUGAUCAGUACCAGCACCAGACCACUGCAAGAAUUUUACGAUGCACCUCCAGAGCAAGCCGCUGACCUUGCCUACCAACUCCUCGGGGUCCUGGAGUCCCUGAGGAACAAUGAUUUGAACUAUUUCUUCUACUUCACCCAUGUUGAUGCAGACAUGUUUGGCAUCUUUGACAAUGGGCAUCUGUUCAUCCGGGAUGCCAGUUCACUAGGCAUCAUCGACAAGCAGGAAGGCAUCCAAGCAGCUACCAGGACUGGAGAGAACGAAGACAUUUUUAGCUGCCUGGUUUCUGGAUGUCAGUUCCAGCUGUCCUCCUGUGACACUGUCCCUGAGAAGCAAAGCCUGGUGCUGGUGUGUCAACAGUUGCUGCCUCAACUUCUUCAGGGAAAAUUUCCCUCCCCUGUGCAAAAGGAAAUAGACUCUGCCCUUAGCCUGUGUAGCAAGGAUUCCAGCACAGACAUGGAAGUCUUAAGGGCCACCAGCCAGAUGAAGGACAUCUUGAGACCACUGAGAACCUGUGAUCCUAGAUUUGCCUACCGCUACCCAGACUGCAAAUAUAAUGACAGAUUCUGAGUGGCCGAGGCCUAACUAGCCUAAAAGGACAAUCCACAAGCUCUUCUAAGACCCUUAUUGAGUCCAUGGCAAACUGGAAUAAGCAAUUCAAUUUUAAAUAUUUAAGUAUAUUCCUUUCCUAAGAAAUGCUCAAAACUAGUGAAAGAAACUCUGACACUGCAUAAUUGGUAGCACUGGCUAGAACACCAUGGCAGUCAGGAGGUGAGCAUAGGAAGACCCAGGUGUGAGCACUGGGUCUUUGAACCUCCAUUUUCUCUGUACUCUACCAGGCUCUCACAAGUUAAAGAAAACUGAUAUAAAGGGCCCAGGAAUAUAGUUAUGACCCACAAAGCAUGUUCCAGAAACAUAUAUGUCAGAGGGCAGGGUGAAGGCAGGGGUGUAGGCUCCUGGAACUUACACUCUUAUUCCUACUCACUUUCCUCUCUGAGUCUGAACCCAGCAAAAGGUAAGCAAUGCAAGAAAGAGUGUCUGGCUAUCUACCAGACCAAGAUGGAGCCACACACCAAAGGAGCUCCCUAUCUCCCACAAAUAGAUCUGUUUUAUUGUCCCUGUGUUUUCAGGGCUAGCCAGGACAGACUGUGGCAGUGUGACUGCAGCUUAGCUACAAAGACAGAUUUCAGAUCACAGCAGCCUGGGGGCACCAAAUAGGUUUCAUUGUUCAUUGUAGCUGUAGCCUGGGACAGGGCCUGCUCUCUUCCAUACCACAUGCUCCAGCACAAGACUCUAAGGAGUCCUAGGAUUUUCAUCAAAAUGUAGCCUUACGAGUUACUAUUUUAAAAAAAAAAAAAAAAAAGAAGAAGAAAGCAUUAUUUCAAGGUCAACGUCAACCAAUGGAAUGCAUUUUCCUCAACAAUAACUCUGUUGUGCCUUUAAAAUAUUUAACUACAUGGGCAUGGGCCUCUGUGCAUGCCUCCUUAACAAUCAUAGAGGAUUCUUAGGCCUUUGCCUAGCCUCUUUACUUAGGCCUCUAUUCCUGGGGAUUGUUUAAUCUGCCUCCUUUCUUCUACCUCUAAAUCAGCACCCUGGAGGUCAGAACACCCAGCUAACAAGCUUCACUGUGCACAUAGGGAAACAAAGACUCAGGGAGGAAGGGAUUUGCUGGGAUAAUGCUAAAACCCUCCCUGCCAGUUCAUUUCCCUGUUGCCUUCCUCAUCAGUCUCAGACUCCCAUCUUGGACUAUCCAAUACAUUUAAACAUAAACCCCAUCUUGUGUUAUACUGAGUGGCCUUUUGAUUUGCCUUUCAACUGCUCCAGACACUGUCCCCUGGCAGCCACAACCAUGAGGAUGACAGGCCAAACUGGUGCAAGAAGUGGCUUGUCAUGCCUGAGAAGCCUUAAUACUGGUAUCAUCUGGCUGGCUGUUGAGAAUGAAGUCUGGCCACAUCUCCCACGUGCAUUAUCACGAUCCCAUCUCCCUACUGACUUGCUUGCAGUUAUAUGUGCCUAGCCAGCCUCCCAACCAGAACCCAGGAAAGGGACUACAGCCUCAUACAUACUGUCCCCAGGUCUCUCCAGUACACAUGCCAGGCCUGGCCUCUCUCAACUAAAGACUAGAGUGACUUUGAGUCACUCCCUGGGGGAGUUGAAAGAUGGGACUCACCAUCACCCUACUCUUAGCCGUCUACCACAUAUCUGUGAAGCAGGCAAGAAGGAGGAACAAAUGAAGACAUCUCCUCCAGACUAGUGACAUGGGACUCUAAAGAAUGGAGCUGCUGAGACUCGGAAAGUAGCACAGCCCUAGACACCUCUUGAAUCAGGACAAAGAUCAUAUGUCCUCCUUGAUUGAAUCCUAGGAGAAGGCAAAGCAUAAAACUACCUGAAUGCCCCCAGGA